AUGGUCAAGCAGGAGGAAGAGCCCGCAGUCAUAAAGAGGCAGGACGAUCAUGGAAGGGACCCUGACAACCGUGGGGAGGCUUCAUCUGUAUUUAGGCUCCUGGGGGUCCAGGGAGGCCUCUGUUCCUUUGUGGCUAGGCCUGGUCCUCUGCAGAGGCACCUCCACACCAUGAACACAGAAGCCAGAUCGAUCCAGAAAUCCCAGACCUCAUGUGGGAGCUCCUGCCCCAGACGAAACACCAUCACGAGCUCAUAUAGCUCCACCGGAGGGUUCCCACCAGUGCAGAGGAGGAGGGGUCGGGCCACAUCCCAUGCCCAAUUGCCCCAGACGUCCUCCAAGACAGUGAGUGAGGAGGGCCCUGGGUCUCCCUCUGCAGCCUCGGGGCUUUCCCAGAGGAAGACCCAGCAUGGGAAGGAUGCAGAGGCCAUAGGGCAGACACAAACCCCGAGGAACUGCUCUCCCACGUGUGACAGUUGCAGGCCCCGAAAACACAAGAUUCCUCUGCUGCCACACAGGCGAGGGUCCCCUCUAAGCCUGCUGCCACCCCCUCAGCUGGGUUUUCAAGUCACCAUGGAAGACCUGGACUUGGAGAAGGAAGCAGCACUGAGGACCACUAAUAGUGCCCUGUGGGGUGAGACCGAGGCCGGCAGGAACUGUGGCCCCACACAGCCUUCCUGUUCUGUCCCCGUGCUUGCUGCAGGGACUGCUCCUCUACCAGCUGUCCCUCCCAUCACUGACCCCAUCACCGGCCUGCCAAUCACUUCUGCUGUCAGUUCCAGCCCUUCAGCCAGCACAUCUGCAGGCCUGGCUCCCCAGCCAGCUUCUGAGACUGAGGUCACCCCAAUGGUACCACUCCAGCUCCCCAGCCUCUCCGCUUAG